AUGAGCAAAUUACGCCUUUCGAAGUCGACCGCCGACGAAAUGGCCCUGUUGCUUGCUAUCGACGUAAAACCACAAGAAAUAGCUCGUAGAUUUCGAUGCCACUGCUCAACGGUAUACCGAAUCCAGGAGAAUAUCAAUACGUUUGGAGAGGCACGCCCUGCGCCUGUGGCACACCUCGGUCCACCUCGAAAAAUCACUCCGGAGGCGCUUGAGGGCCUCCUCGAUUGGCUGCUAGAAAAUGGCUCAGAGAAGAAGCUCUCUUAUCUAGACGAAAUGGUGGCAUUUCUAGAUGAAGAGUAUGAUAUAGACGUAUCGAAAUCCACCGUCUCUCGAGCGUUGGCAAAGGAGAAGAUCACGCAGAAAGCUGUUAGUAUUUAUAUAUCAACUUGCUCGAAUCGGACUCACUUUGUAAAGCUGUUGAACGUUAAGCUGCUGAGCGAGAUGAGGACUUACGAGACUAUUAUAGAGCUCAAAUAUGCGAAAUUCGUGCUGAGGAGGCUAUAUUCGUCGACGAAUCGGCUGCGCACAAGCGCACAAAAGACUGUAAAAGAGGUUGGUCUUCACGCGGCGUACCCUGUAGAGUAA